GCUCCUCCUUGGCAAUUUCUGAAACGGUGCCGUUAAGAGAGGACACAAGCGAAAACCCUAGUGCCUUAUUUGAGCCAACUUGUUUGCGCUUCUCUCACCAUUUUUCCCCAAUCGUUCCUCUUUACACUUUCUUAAACCCUUUACGUUUUGCUGCGAGUAUCGUUCUUCGAGAGUUGUGAGAGAUGAGUUCAGACGAUGAGAGAGACGAGAAGGAGCUGGAUCUUACCGCUCCUGAGGUCGUCACCAAGUACAAGAGCGCCGCCGAGAUCGUUAACAAGGCGUUGAAGAUUGUGUUAGCUGAAUGCAAGCCAAAAGCUAAGAUUGUCGAUAUCUGCGAGAAAGGAGACUCUUACAUCAAGGAGCAAACAUCGAGCAUGUACAAGAAUGCUAAGAAGAAGAUUGAUCGAGGUGUCGCUUUUCCAACAUGCAUUUCUGUGAACAACACUGUUGGUCAUUUCUCGCCGCUUGCCAGUGAUGAGACUGUAUUGGAAGAAGGUGAUAUGCUGAAAAUUGAUAUGGGAUGCCAUAUCGAUGGGUUCAUUGCCCUUGUUGGCCACACACAUGUUCUUCAAGAAGGACCGAUUAGUGGACGCAAAGCUGAUGUUAUCGCUGCUGCAAACACAGCUGCUGAAGUUGCUCUGAGGCUUGUACGUCCUGGGAAGAAGAACAACGCUGUGACUGAUGCUAUACAGAAGGUGGCUGCAGCUUAUGACUGCAAAAUUGUCGAAGGGGUUCUAUCCCACCAGAUGAAACAGAAGAGGAUUGAUGGAGACAAGGUUGUCCUAAGUGUAUCCAGUCCUGAUACAAGGGUUGAUGAUGUGGAAUUUGAAGAGAAUGAGGUCUACGCAAUAGAUAUUGUGGCAAGCACUGGUGAUGGCAAGCCGAAGCUAUUGGAUGAGAAGCAAACAACCAUUUACAGGAAAGAUGAGAGUGUUAACUACCAGUUGAAGAUGAAGGCCUCCAGAUUCAUAAUCAGCGAGAUUAAAGAGAACUUCCCCCAUAUGCCAUUCACUGCAAGGUCGCUAGAGGAGAAAAGGGCACGUCUUGGACUUGUUGAGUGUGUGAACCAUGGUCAUUUGCAGCCAUAUCCUGUUCUUUACGAGAAGCCUGGUGAUUUUGUUGCUCAGAUCAAAUUCACUGUGUUGUUGAUGCCAAAUGGAUCUGAUAGGAUCACUUCACAUACACUUCAGGAGCUUCAACCUACGAAGACCAUUGAUGACCCUGAGAUCAAAGGGUGGUUGGCCUUGGGUAUCAAAAAGAAGAAGGGUGGUGGAAAGAAGAAGAAAGCCAAGAUGGCAGGAGAGAAAGCGGAAACCUCAACUGAGGCUGAGCCAAUGGAAGCAAGUAGUGCUCAAGAAUGAGAAAGAUGUCUCUCUCUGUUUUUUUCUUUUAAGAAUUUUUGAAACUUUGAGGUACCUCUUUCUUUGUAUGUUUGGGUUUCAGAGAGUCUCUUAGAAAAAGAACAAAAAAAAAUUACAAUCAACUUGUGUCUUUUUGCACAAAUCCUUUUCUGAAUGUUCGUUUGUAUUGAUCUUCUCGACUUUUAACUCUUAAAACGUGUUAUCUCAGCCGAGAAUCAAAAGAUAUACAUAUGAGGUCUUUUUAAAAAUUAUACUGUAUGCCUCUUUGAUUAUCAAGUUGUUUCGCUUACAAUCUCA